GAAGAGGAGGAAGAGAGGUUUCCACAGCUCAGACAGUCCGGCUUGACGCGCCGAGUCUGAUUUUACGCACAGGCGAGCGCGCAGAUUUGCUGGUACAGGCUUCAAAGUUCUUCACAGUAACUUUAUGAGUUUAUCGCGCCUUCAACACAUUUGGAGCUGACACAAGAACACUUAUUUCGUGUUUUGAUCCACGUCGUAUAGGUUCAGAGACACAUUUAUCGUGCGCAACAGUGACUGCAUAUCGCAGGAUCUUCUCGUCAUUGGUUUUUUGUUUGUUUGUUUUUUUUUUUUUUGUUUUUUUUUGUAGCUAAAUGACAUUUUUGACAUUUAAAAUUGCGGUCCCUUUGCAAAGGACGAUUGCGCGUCUAGCCCGAGAUAUAUAAGGGCAAAACGUCCGCGACAGCAGGAGAGAGACGUGGGCCACUUUUGAAUAAGAAGUGCGCCCAAGUGUCUCCCGUCGCUGAGCUAAGGCCGGCGGCGCUGACAUGCUGCCCAAAGUCGAGACUGACUCGCUGGGACUCUCUCGAUCGUAUGGGGAACAGGGACACAUGCCAAGAAACGUGCAAGUUCCACAAUUAAAAAUGAUGGACUACUCCUAUGACGAAGACCUGGACGAGAUGUGUCCCGUGUGUGGAGACAAGGUUUCAGGCUACCACUACGGACUACUCACCUGUGAGAGCUGCAAGGGCUUCUUCAAGCGCACGGUCCAGAACAACAAGCGCUACACAUGUAUUGAGAACCAGAGUUGCCAGAUUGACAAGACUCAGAGGAAGCGCUGCCCAUACUGCCGCUUCCAAAAGUGCCUCACUGUCGGCAUGAAGCUGGAAGCUGUGCGAGCAGAUCGCAUGAGAGGAGGGCGCAACAAGUUUGGCCCAAUGUACAAACGUGACCGGGCCCUCAAGCAACAGAAAAAGGCACUGAUCCGAGCUAACGGCCUGAAAAUCGAGGCCAUGAGCCAGGUGAUGCAGACUGUCCCGACUGACCUCACCAUCUCAUCAGCCAUUCAGAACAUUCACUCAGCUGCCUCCAAAGGCCUUCCACUGAGCCAUCACGCCGGCCACCAUACCAGUCACCACCAUCAUCACCACCAUCAUGCCACCGCCUUACCCCCAACAGACUAUGACCGCAGCCCUUUCGUCACUUCACCCGUCAGCAUGGCAAUGCCACCGCAUGCCGGCAGCUUGCAAGGCUACCAAACAGCCUACGGACACUUCCAAGGCACACGCACCAUUAAGUCCGAAUACCCAGACCUGUACACCAGUUCCCCAGAGUCCAUCAUGGGCUACGCCUAUGUUGAUGCCUACCAGUCGGGCUCCCCACCCAGUUUCCCCCACCUGAUCGUAGAGCUGCUCAAAUGCGAACCGGACGAGCCACAGAUUCAAGCAAAGAUCCUGGCCUACCUUCAGCAGGAACAGGCCAGCCGAGGCAAGCACGAAAAGCUCAACACCUUUGGUCUCAUGUGCAAGAUGGCUGACCAAACGCUCUUCUCCAUCGUGGAGUGGGCUCGCAGCAGCAUCUUCUUCCGUGAACUCAAGGUCGACGACCAGAUGAAGCUUCUGCAGAACUGCUGGAGUGAACUCCUCAUCCUGGACCAUGUCUUUAGGCAGGUGGUGCACGCCAAGGAGGGCUCCAUUUUAUUGGUCACUGGCCAGCAGGUAGAUUAUGCAGUGAUCGCAUCCCAGGCUGGGGCCACUCUGAACAAUCUCUUGAGCCACGCCCAGGAACUGGUGGCUAAAUUACGUUCUUUGCAAAUGGACCAACGGGAGUUUGUCUGCCUGAAAUUUUUGGUCCUCUUCAGUCUUGAUGUGAAGAACCUGGAGAAUUUCCACCUGGUCGAGAGCGUCCAGGAGCAGGUGAAUGCGGCGCUGUUGGACUACGUCAUGUGUAACUACCCGCAGCAAACGGACAAAUUUGGUCAGCUGCUCCUGCGGUUGCCAGAGAUUCGAGCCAUCAGCCUGCAGGCCGAAGAAUAUCUUUACUACAAACAUCUGAAUGGCGACGUGCCCUGCAACAAUCUGCUCAUUGAAAUGCUCCAUGCCAAGAGAGCUUAGGAGGGAACUGCACUACCCUCAACACCUUGUGAGGAGUGAGGCCAAAAAUCUCCUGCUUUUAUUUAAAUCCACCUCAGCCCUGAUUUGACAGCGUAAAGGAAAAACUUUGACAAAUACACACAAACUGAGCGUUCACAUGUAUGAACAGCAAGAGGAAAAAAGUGCAGAUACAGGACUCAAAGAGGAACACUUGAACUAAACAAAGAUUCAGUGUUUAUAACCAGUGACUCUGAGAAAGGACGUUGUAUAGCAUGUGGACUUGAGUUGAGACUUUACUUUUAGCUCUGGUUGGUACUGUACAGACGAGCGUUCAUGUGGUCAACCAAAGCGGAAUCUUACCUGCUAUCACUGAACUCAUCGAUACAGCAGCGGCAGCUUGACCUGACCAAAAAUGUGAGGAAUGACUGUUAAAGAAAGAAAGCCCUGCAAAUGAAUUGCCCUCAUUAAUCAAAACAGUACUAGUCCCAUAACAGAAAUAAGUUGGUGGGUCCCCUUAUUUGACCCCCUUGAGUCCUUUUGAACAAUGUACCUCAGAAAGUCUAACAGUAAAUAUAUUCCGUUAAUAAUAUCAGCUAAAACAAUAGUGUAUUUUGAUUUUUCCUGCAAAAAAAAAAAAAAAAAAAAAAAAAAACACACCCUUUUUAGUACCAAACAAAUGGAACAAAACAAACUGUGGUUCGGGACGUGGUUAUAGCCUGCCUUUGCCCAGAAAGACCAAA